AGAAAGAAGAGAGGACACGUUUAAAAGGAACUUUCAACAAAUUAAAAAAAAAACACAAAAAGCCUCAGAUUUCAAGAGAUGAUGAUCCAAGAUGUCGGAAAUAGAUCAGUCCAGUAACAAUUGGCAAGUUGGAAAGAAAGUUCUUGAAUGUAACAAGUACAUGUAUACCAAACAAAUCCAGUGCGAUGUAACAUUCAAGGUUGGGCAAGAGGGAAAAGAAGUAAAAGCACACAGAUAUGUUUUGGGCAGUAGGAGUUCCGUAUUUUAUGCCAUGCUGUUCGGAAGUCUCUCGGGUAAUUCUACUGACAUCAUUGUUCCUGAUAUUGAACCCGAUAUUUUCCAAGAACUGUUGAGGUUCCUUUAUUAUGAGGAGAUAACUGUAAAGGAGGAAAAUGUUUUAGGGAUUCUGUAUGCUUCAGAGAAGUAUGGUGUGGCUGACCUAAAAGAAUAUUGUAAUUCUUACCUGAAAAACCACAUCAGUGAGGAGUCUGUCUGUACCAUUAUGGAAAAUGCAAAACUGUUUAGUUUAAAUGACUUGUUCACCAAAUGUAUUAACUUUAUAGUAAAAUCAGAGGCUACUACUAAAUCAGUGUUUGAGUCACCGAAUUUUCUUGAGCUAAAUAGAGAGUGUUUGGCGUCACUAACCAAAUUAGAUAACCUGCCUGUAAAUGAGGAAUUUCUCUACAAAUCCUUAAAGUUGUGGUCACUUCGAAACUGUGAUAAGGAAGGGAAUGAUGUGAAUAAUACGGAAAAUAUUCGAAGCAUGAUGGGAGAUCUUUUACAUCAUGUUAGAUUCCCUCUCAUGCCAUUGGGAACAUUCCUGAAGUUAGCUGGGGACAACAUUCUAACAGACCAAGAAAAAGAUCAAAUGUCAAAAUUUAUUGCCGGUAUACCUGUUGAAAAUGCACUGAUUUUCCCAACAGGUCAUAGGACAAAGGACAUCACUAUCUAUAGAGGCACAGAUUAUCAUCCCUUCUGGAGGUUUUAUGAUUGAGAUUCAAAUUAUUGAAAAUGGAUCAGGAGAAUAGGAACUGGCAAGCUGGAAGAAAAGUUAUCGAAUGUAACAAGUACAUGUUAAUCAACCAAAUCCAGUGUGAUGUUACAUUCAAGGUGGGACUGGAGAAAAAAGAAGUAAAAGCACACCGAUAUGUUUUAGGCAGUAGGAGUUCAGUAUUUUAUACCAUGCUGUUCGGAAGUCUCUCGGGUAAUUCAAAUAACAUCGUUGUGCCCGAUAUUGAACCUGAAGUGUUUCAAGAUCUUUUCAGGUUCCUUUAUUACGAGGAAACAAACAUAAAUGAGGAAAGUGUCACUGGGACUCUGUAUGCGGCAGAGAAGUAUGGUGUAACGGACCUAAAAGAAGCUUGUAAUUUUUACCUGAAAAAUCACAUUAAUGAGGAGUCGGUCUGCGCCAUUAUGGAGAAUGCAAAGCUGUUUAAUUUAAAUGAUUUACUCACCAGAUGUAUUGACUUUAUAGUGCAGUCUGAGGCUACUGCUAAAACAGUUUUGCAGUCACAAGGCUUUCUCGGUCUGAAUAGAGAAUGUUUGUUGUCACUCUUAAAAUUAGAUACAUUGCCUGUAAAUGAGGAAUUUCUCUACAAGUCCUUAAGGUUGUGGUCACAUAAAACUGCGAAAAAGAUGGGAAGGAUGUGAAUAAUUCUGAAAAUAUUCGCAGCAUGAUGGGAGAUCUUUUGUAUCAAAUUGGAUUUCCUUUAAUGUCUUUAGAAACCUUUUGGAAGGAAGUUGCCGGGGACAACAUUUUGACAAACCAAGAAAAAGAUCAAAUUUCAAAAUGUAUCGUAGGGAUACCUUAUGGAGAUACAAUGCCUUUCUUAACAAUUCGUAAGAAAAAGGAUAUAGCUAUUUACAGAGGCACAACUUAUCAGGAUGUAUGGACUUUGAAUGGUGACAUAGACGCCAUCCAGUUUAGAGUCAAUAAAUCUUUGCACAUGCGUGGAUUAAUUUUGCUGGGAAGUUAUGAAACAAGUCCGUACACAUACACAAUAGGAGCAAAAAUAGUAGACAGUGACAAUGAAACAGUAGCAUGCUUUUCAGAGCAAUCUGUUACCAACACUGAAAGAGAAUUCCAAAUAAUCUUUGAUAAUCACUGCUUACUUAAAGCAAACCAGGAAUAUACAAUCUGGUUAAAGAUGAUUGGUCCCCAAAGCUACGCGGUGAGCAAUGGUCAACCCUGUGUCACAGAAAAUGGCGUCAAAUUUACUUUUAGGGAUAGCGAACUGAGUUCGAACAGCACCUCUACAACUAACGGACAAAUUCCUGGACUUCUUUUUAGUACAACGAUAACACAUGACUUGUGUUAAAAAUCGAGCAUCCAUUGUUAAUUUAAUUUGGAUAUGAUUUGGACGAACAUGUAUGUAACCUUAAAACAGUUUUCUUCUGAUUUGAUCACACCUUCCAGUUUCCUUUACAUCCGUCUAGGGCUACUUGAUUUUGGAGAUUCUUACACCAAUUGAAUUCAAAAUAUAUUUUAAAUACCUGAAUG